AUCCAAUGUCGACUCUUAUCUGAGUUUGACGUUGGCUUGUGUUUAUUUCAUCACUUUAUACUACUUAUUUCAUGUUCAUUGACGUUGACUCUGGUUGGUUGUUCUUUCUAGUUUUUCGUGAUUCUCUUCUUUUUCGUCGUCAAGUCGAAGUCAGUUCAUCACAGUUCAAGACUGCCCCUCUUCAUCCAGAUUCUACGGCAUUUUACGGCAUUCAAGUUUACAAAGGGGAAGAAAAUGUCGGUGCGUUGGUGGGGUCUUAUGUGCCACUAGUGACUUUCGCCAGACGUUUUGUCCGUAUUUCAUCCGUGUCUCAUUUUAUAGGCAGUGUUCCCGACAUAUUUUGGCAUUGGCUGGGGCUUAUAAUUUUACGCAGCCUUACGUUUCAUCAAAUUCGUAAAUUAAUUCUUGCUUGGCUGCCUAGAACGGGAUUACUUUUGAAGACGGCAUGGCGAUGAUCGGUGCUGUUCUCGGGAAGAGCGAAUUUAUUGUUGGUGGAAAGUACAGGCUCAUGAGAAAAAUUGGGUCGGGUUCUUUUGGUGACAUAUACUUGGGCAUUAACAUUUCUAAUGGAGAGGAAGUGGCUGUCAAAUUGGAAAAUAUACGAGCACGUCAUCCACAAUUGCUUUAUGAAUCGAAAUUAUAUAAAAUAUUACAUGGAGGCAUCGGAAUUCCCCAUAUUCGCUGGUAUGGACAGGAACGUGAUUGGAAUGUCCUAGUAAUGGAUCUUCUCGGUCCAUCACUGGAAGAUCUUUUUACAUUUUGUUCACGAAGAUUCACAAUUAAAACAGUACUGAUGUUAGCUGAUCAGAUGAUUGGCCGAAUCGAAUUUGUGCACUGCAAACAUUUUAUUCAUAGAGAUAUUAAGCCAGAUAACUUUUUAAUGGGUAUCGGCCGUCACUGUAACAAAUUAUUUAUUAUCGACUUUGGUCUGGCAAAAAAAUAUCGGGACUCUCGUACUAGGUGUCACAUAAUCUAUCGUGAAGAUAAAAAUUUAACUGGCACUGCAAGGUAUGCAUCCAUAAAUGCACACCUUGGUAUUGAACAGAGCCGUCGUGAUGACAUGGAGUCAUUGGGAUAUGUUCUUAUGUACUUUAAUAGAGGAUCACUUCCUUGGCAAGGUCUUAAAGCUGCUACGAAAAAACAAAAAUAUGAAAAAAUUAGUGAAAAGAAAAUGUCCACACCUGUUGAAGUUUUAUGCAAGGGUUUCCCAGCUGAAUUUUCGAUGUAUAUAAAUUACACAAAAGGAUUGCGUUUUGAUGAAAGUCCAGAUUAUAUGUACCUGCGUCAGCUCUUCCGAAUUUUAUUCCGCACGUUAAAUCACCAAUAUGACUACACUUUCGAUUGGACGAUGUUGAAGCAAAAAGCAGGAGGUACCCUCGUUGGUGGAGUAUCAGGAGUCACGAAUACAUCGGUUCCUGGACAAGGAGCACCUUAAAACACUCUAACUCCGUGAUAGCAUCAAACUCGAAUGCGAUCGCUGUGGUAUCACGAUGAUCAUGAUAUAACCCAAUUAACCGUGCAAGUCCUGUCUCAAGUGCAAACAAAUCACUAAGACUCGAGAAGAUCAUUCAAGGAAGCUAGAAUAAACAAUGUUACAAACAUUAUCAUCACAAAUUAAUAAUAGUAAUAAUGGAUAAAUAAAUGAGUAAAUAAAUAAUAAUAAUAUUAUUAAUAAUAAUAAUAAUAAUGAUAAAAUACAAGUUGGAUUAAGAACCUUCAACGGUUGAAAACUACAAUAAAACAAUAUAAUUGACACGUUUUUUGUCUUGACAAAAUUUUGAUUUAUGAGGCAAUAGACGUGUUAAUAUUAUAAACAAUAAGAUUGAAAUUUUCCCUGCCAUUAAUUCACACUAAUAAGUAUCAUCAUCAUACUUUAGUUGAUGGAUAAUGGACAGAAAAAAGAUUCAUGCAUUAAUUGAUUGAUGAAGUCAAUGAAUUAAUUAUAUUGUACUCAAUAUAUUAAAUCAACAUUUUUUUUUUUUUGUUUGAUUUUUUAUAAAGACGUAAAUAUGGGAUUUUGUAUAAGUAUUUUAAUUAAUUUUUUAAGUUAUCGAAAUUACUUUACAUACCAUAAAACUUACUUUAAUAAUAACUUCAUAGUUAUAUAUUGUAUUAAUAACUGACAGAUAUUUUCAACGUUCAUAUUACUAAUGAAAUUUUUUUCAUACAUACAGUUUUAUUAAACUAUGAUUUCAAAUGAAAAAUCAUUAUAGUUUGUUUUUAGGAGUUAAGAAGUUCAAUAUAUUUUUCAUUAUUGAAUUUUUAAUUGACUUGAUCAAAAUCAAUUAAAAUAAUAAUAAUAAUUUCGCGUCAUCAAAGUGUUAUGUAGCAAGUGAUGCUAUAUAAAAACAUUUUAUUUGUUAUGUUACAUUCUCACUAAAUUGGCUGAAGUUCAUUAAAAAUAUUUUUUCUGAUGGCUGAUCGUUCUGUUUCUUAUUCAUAGAUGUAAUAAAAUUAUUAUAGUAAGUUUAAGUUAAUUAUAACAGUUUAUAAUUUUUAAUAGACAGGACAGAAUCAGUCACAAAUAAGAAGCUACAGUGAUAACAUUCAAUUGUUAAUGAUCAGAAAAAAAAGUGCAGAAGUGGGGAUCAAAAAUGAUUGAAGAUAAAAGAUAAAGCCUUUCAUUAUUGGAUAUUCAAUAAAAUAAUAUUUACAUAUUUCAAAGUAAUCGAAUAAUAAGAAAUAAAAAAAGAAAAGGAAAAAUUUAGUCAUAAGCAGACUUAAUAAAACGGAAUUAUGAAGUAUGGAUACGGUUUAUUCAUUAAAUAUAAAAUAAUAAUAAGUAAUAUUAAUGAACUAGCUUAAGAAUGAUAGUGUGAAUGUUCAGUUAUUUUAUGUCUAUUGUCUGAUUAGAUUUAUGAAUGUGUAGGUAAAAAUGAAAAUUCAAUAUUAGUGUUGAAAUGUAUGUCGGCUGAUAUCUUUAAACUUUUUGAGAAUGGAUAAAAAAAAUCAACUAAACAAACGAUAAAUGUCAUUGAUAUAAAGUAUGAAUGCGUAUGGGUAUUAUUACGAAAGUGUGACACUAACUGAAUUCUAUGUUAUUCCUUAAUAAACGAACAUGUAAAAGGGUAUAAUUGACCCAAAAAUUUUAUCGUUUAUUUAAUUAAUCUUUUUUCGUCUCUAUUAGGAAAAUAAAGACAUACUAUUAUACUGUA